AUGGCGAACAUAAAUGCUCGCAGUCCGGCCUUGAAUUCUUUCCCUCGUGCGAUUCCUGCGCCCCAGCAAGGCCCCGCAAACCAGAAUGCCAGCAAACCGGCCGACUAUGUAUACUUUGACCGAUCAACCGCUGGCUUCUCAGAUGAAGCGUUGCCGAGAGCCAAGGGAGCCCAGAUGAAGUUGGAACAUUAUUACAAGAUCGUCGUCGAUGCUGCCAUUGAGCGUAAUACCAGGCGUGUAGAGCUGGAGCGCAGGUUGCAAGCGGACGUACUUAUGUCGGAAGACCGGAAGCAACGGCAGCUCCAACAACUUGGAAAGAAGGAAUCCACUUUCUUACGACUCCGAAGAACGCGCCUCGGUUUGGAUGACUUUCACACUGUGAAGGUCAUCGGAAAAGGUGCUUUUGGGGAGGUUCGGCUCGUGCAAAAGACUGAUACAGGCAAAAUCUACGCGAUGAAGACACUGAAGAAGGACGAAAUGCUAAAGAAAGAUCAGCUCGCCCAUGUGCGCGCUGAACGUGACGUCCUGGCCGAGUCCAACUCGCCUUGGGUCGUCCAGCUGUUCUAUUCCUUCCAGGAUCCCUCGUAUCUCUAUCUGAUCAUGGAGUUCCUCCCCGGUGGUGACUUGAUGACCAUGCUCAUAAAAUACGACACCUUUAGUGAGGAUGUCACUAGGUUCUACAUGGCAGAAUGUGUUCUGGCGAUUGAGGCGGUCCAUAAGCUCGGUUUUAUCCAUCGUGAUAUCAAGCCCGACAAUAUUCUCAUCGACAAGGAUGGACACGUCAAGCUGAGCGAUUUCGGCCUAUCUACAGGCUUCCACAAGCAGCACGACUCCAACUAUUAUCAGCGGCUUCUAGAGUCGGCGACGAAGAAUAGCACUACCCCUCAAGCAGCCGCUCGGAAUAGCGUUAUGGUCAACUCCAUCAACUUGACAAUGACAAAUAAAGAUCAAAUCGCCACUUGGAAGGCUAACAGACGAAAGCUCGCGUACUCCACUGUAGGAACCCCCGAUUAUAUCGCUCCUGAAAUCUUUCUACAAAAGGGCUAUGGGAAGGAGUGUGAUUGGUGGUCAUUGGGAGCUAUCAUGUUUGAGUGCUUAGUCGGCUACCCACCAUUCUGCUCGGAAACCACUCAUGAAACAUACCAAAAGAUUAUGGAGUGGCAAUAUCAUCUCGUAUUCCCUGAUGAUGUGCAUCUCAGCCACGAGGCUGAAGACUUGAUCAGGCGCUUGAUAAUCUCAGCGGAUAGACGACUUAACGUCGACCAGAUCAAGCAACAUCCCUUCUUCUAUGGAGUCGAUUGGGAUAGCCUUCGACAGAUAGACGCGCCUUUCGUACCGCAUUUGCGAUCCAUCACAGAUACUUCCUACUUCCCCACAGACGAGAUAGACCAGGCUCCUGAGGAGCUUCCUGCCGAUACUGGUGGCGCCAGUAAAGAUUUGGCCUUCCUUGGUUAUACUUUCAAGCGCUUCUCUAUAUCGUCUCACGCAUUCUAG